GUCUCUAGGAACGAACAAGAUUCGAGUGAAGACCGUUCCCAUGGAGGAGACCAUAGCUCUCGCUGCUAAUUUAUUAGCAUCACCCGGGAGAUACGCAUUCGCCGUGGCCAAGCUUUCGAGGUUGUCCCCAACGACUUCCCCUGGAACUUCCCCGCUCAUUCACUUACAAAGUUUCAGCAAGGUGGGGUAUGAGUCCUAUCCCGAGGCCUUCGUCCAGUUCAUGAUCAGACUCGCCAACCCGGGCUUAUUCGAUACCACAACUCUCUCUCCUCAGCAACAAGCCGAGGAGGAAGCCUUGAGCCAGUUGUAUGCCGGGAUGGAGACCGAGGACCCGAGGCUGUACCUUACCUAUCGCUCCAAUGAGAGUUUGGUGAUUGAUGCUGAGAAAUUGGUGACAUCCUCUGGAUGA